UAAUUCUCAACCAAUCGCUUUCGCGUCGCUGGGUGGCUUAUGCAAAUUAAGCCGCCUCACUAAUCUUCCUCCUCCUCCUCUUCCUCCUCCAUCUUGGGAAGGGUCGACUCUUAAGACUGAAAGGCAAAGAUAUUUAAAAACAACGACCGGCAGUACGGUUAUCAUUCCAUCAUGAUUGUUUUGCCACCCGGGUUAACAGAAGAUGAGGAGGCUCUGCAGAAGAAAUUUGCCAAGCUGAAGAAAAAGAAAAAGGCCCUCAUGGCCUUAAAAAAGCAACAGGGUUCAACCAGUCAGGCCAUCCAGGGAGGAAUUAAACGAUCCAUCUCAGAUCAGCCGGUAGUCGACACCGCGACAGCCACAGAACAAGCUAAGAUGCUGGUGAAAACGGGGGCCAUCAGUGCUAUUAAAGUUGAGAACAAGAACUCGGGAUUCAAACGCUCUUGGACUCGGAAGGUGAAGCCAAAAGAGACCAAGAAGGGAUCUGCCCCAACUUACCAGCCCUUUCAGCGCAGCGUCUCAGCAGAUGACGAUUCCAGAGAGGCCCGGCGCCCCCAAAGGAAGUAUCUAUAUGAGAGCUUUGUGAGCUCCAGCGAUAGCCUCCGAGAUCCAGAGAAAGAGCCAGAAGAAGGCAGAGAUCCAGACAAAGAACCUGAUCAGAGUGAAAGUCUGCAUGGCUAUGAGAAGGACAAUGACCGAGAUCGUAGCCGGGACAGAAGUAGGGACCGGGACAGAGAUCGAGACAGAGACCGGGACAGAGACAGAGACCGAGAUAGAGACCGGGACCGAGAUCGAGGGCGUGAGCGAGAACGGGACAGAGAAGGCAACCGCC